AGGGCUGGAAACGCAACUCGGAAGCCGGAGCACGGACGGGCCCGGGGUGGGGGGGGUGGGGGGGUUUUUCAGGGGCGGGAGCGGCGGAGGUGGCCGCCCCUGGCGGCGGGUUUGUUUAUCCCGGGGAAGAAGUUUAGGACCGGGAGAUUGGGAAGGAGGGCGGGACGGGGAGGAGGGAUGCGGUUCGGCGGAGGCGGCCGCCACAGGGACUCGCCGCCAUCACCUCUGUCUCCACGGCAGCCUCGGGCUCCGGUGGCAGUCGUUGCUGUCGCUUCAGCCGGAGAGGAGCCGCCGCGGGACUGCUCGCUACCUUGCCGCACGUCCGGUAAAACACUCAGCUCUGUAGGAUAUUGCAUAAAUCUUGGAAGUGGCAAUUAAGUGGCAAUGUCUCGAGAGCCCACCCCACCUCUCCCUGCAGAUAUGUCUACUCCAAUAGCAGAAAGCUGGUGUUAUACACAGGUUAAAGUAGUAAAAUUUUCCUACAUGUGGACCAUUAAUAACUUCAGUUUUUGUCGAGAAGAAAUGGGUGAAGUGUUAAAAAGUUCAACAUUCUCUUCCAGCCCAAGUGACAAAAUGAAAUGGUGCCUGAGGGUAAAUCCAAAGGGAUUAGAUGAUGAAAGUAAAGACUACUUGUCCUUAUAUUUGCUUUUAGUCAGCUGCCCAAAAAGUGAAGUUCGAGCAAAAUUCAAAUUUUCCCUUCUGAACGCUAAAAGGGAAGAAACAAAAGCAAUGGAAAGCCAAAGAGCAUAUCGAUUUGUACAAGGGAAGGACUGGGGUUUUAAAAAAUUCAUUCGGAGGGAUUUUUUGCUUGAUGACGCUAAUGGUCUUUUACCAGAUGACAAGCUUACAUUAUUUUGUGAGGUGAGUGUGGUCCAAGAUUCAGUAAAUAUAUCAGGGCAUACUAAUACGAAUACUUUGAAGGUGCCUGAAUGUCGACUAGCAGAAGAUUUGGGUAAUCUCUGGGAAAAUACAAGAUUUACAGAUUGCAGUUUUUUUGUGAGAGGACAAGAAUUUAAAGCUCAUAAAUCUGUACUUGCAGCUCGAUCCCCAGUUUUUAAUGCAAUGUUUGAACAUGAAAUGGAAGAAAGCAAAAAGAAUCGAGUGGAAAUAAAUGAUGUAGACCCUGAGGUUUUUAAAGAAAUGAUGAGAUUCAUUUACACGGGGAGAGCGCCAAACCUUGACAAAAUGGCUGACCACUUGUUGGCAGCUGCAGACAAAUAUGCACUGGAACGGCUGAAGGUCAUGUGUGAAGAAGCUUUGUGUAGUAACCUCUCAGUAGAAAAUGUUGCUGAUACCCUUGUCCUUGCAGAUUUGCACAGUGCAGAACAGUUGAAAGCACAAGCCAUAGACUUUAUUAAUAGGUGCAGUGUACUUCGACAGCUUGGGUGUAAAGAUGGGAAAAACUGGAACAGCAACCAAGCAACGGACAUAAUGGAAACAUCAGGGUGGAAGUCCAUGAUUCAGUCUCACCCUCAUUUAGUAGCAGAAGCCUUCCGAGCACUAGCAUCUGCACAGUGUCCACAGUUUGGCAUUCCACGCAAACGGCUAAAACAGUCCUGAAAUCCUCCAUGAACUGUAGAAAAAUGGGAUUGACUUUUACUCCUCCAGGUCCAGAAGGAUUCUAAUAGACAAACCAUAAGCAAGAGUUGUUGCUAUUGUCUUGUCCACAGAACAGAAGCUGAAAAAGCAUAUUGCUUGCAUUUCAGGUGGAUAAUUUAUGGUUUAUUCUUCAGCUUUAAACUAGACUGACUAUACUCUAAUUCACUUCAAGGCCUUAAAUUAUCUCCAAUGACUUCUCUUGUUCAUGUAAUACUUUUAAGUUUUUAUUGUGCCUUGUCAAUUUUGACCAAGGCUAUGCAGGAUUGCACUAGCUCCAUAAUGCAGUAAUAUUGAUAACUGAGGAUACUAAGUUUCAAAAGGAUCUUCCAUUAGCUUAAGAAAAGCAAAAUUAAUUUCAUAGGGUUUGUGUUGUGCUAUCUCAAAGUUUAAAAAUAGGUUCUCCCUGAAAGCACUUGCAUUAGAGAUAACUAUUAAUGUCUCCAGCCUAAGUUCUGUAAACACAGGAGAACCUGCUUACCUUCAAGGUAAGUUAUGACAAUACACUGUUCAGUUCUAACUUAUUUUUCAUUUCAAGGGGCAAAUAUGCAAUGAGUUGGCCCUAAUUUUUAGUAGAGUCUGUGGUGGUUGUUAACUGUUCAAUGAACUAAGAGAAGCAUAACAAACCUUUUCUUGGUGGGUUUAUCCAAGUUUACAAUUAUUGAGAACUGGUUGAGGUUAAGAUUUCAAUAAGAAGAAAGCAUGUUUUGUGCUGCAUUAUUUUUUUUAAUUUAUAAUGACCUACAUUUAUAUGAAGAAUUCUGUACAUGUUAAAAGUAAGGAUGACCAAAUGUAAAUUUAAUGAGUGGGCCAAUUAAGAAAGAUAUAUAUGCACUUUUAAUGUGUAACUUUUGUAUGCUGAAUGGUACAUAUAUUUUUUUGCUUUUGAGGGAGUUAAUAAGGUAUAAUUAAUUGUGUCUUAACUUUUGAAAGAAUUUUUUAAGACAGAUGGAGGUAACUGGGCAGUUUGUGAUAAUAGUUAAAGAUAUCCUUCAUUGUAGUUAAAUUGGUUUCAAUUUUAGAUAAUUAUUAUUGAAUUUACUCCUUUUUUAUCACACUUUAGAGAAGGCAGCUGAAUAAUAAAUGAAUCCUGGACAGUCUACCAUUCUAAAAACAAUGAACUGAUAUUAUUUGCAGACUAAAGGAGAGAACCCUUAGAAAUAUGUCAAGUCACACUCUGAAACUCCAUCUGCCCCACACCUAGUUUUCUCCUUUCUGUUAGUUACUGUACUAACGUGGAUGAUACUGAAAUUCUGCAUAAUGUGAACAGGAUAAACUAUUUAUAAAUUUCAUGGGCCAGUUCUUUAUUAUAAAUGAAUUUCAGCUUUAAACACAUAACCUGUUCAGUGUUCGAUAGCUCUGUUCACAGUGGAGGUCUGUUCCGGAGCAUUGUCCCAGAGAAGGAGGAGCUGUCUGUGUCAGGUCACUGCAUCUAAUUCCUGAAAUAGUGACAGUGUGCUUAGGCAAAAUUCGUAUUUGAUCACAGGGGAAAAGUGUGUCACUGGAAAAGGGUACACAAACCUAUAUACUUGCAUAUAUUACUUUAGUCCCCAGAUUCAAAUAUGUAUAAUUUGUUUAUUUAGUUUUUGAAUUUAGGAUAAACAGAAAAAAAAUAAGUCUGAGGUUUCAAAAUAGAUUUUGGGGGUUAUCUCUUUGUUAGGUAUUCACUGAAGCAGUUCUAAUAUAGCAAGAGUGAUUCAUAUUUACAUUGAGCAACACUGUCAAAUAGGCACUUGUGAUCCAUAACAAACUGCAAUUUGGAAAGAUCUUGUUUUUUUAGAUAUCUUUAUUCUUUUCUGUGUGGUUUCAUUCAGCCUUUGUUUUGUUAACUUAAAUUUGAAAUUGGAAGAGUCCCCUGAGAUAGAAGGAAGAUUUCUUACAUGUUAAUGGACUCCAUCCUAUGUAGCCCUGCUGGGAGCAGAAAUUCACUUUCUUAAAUUCACCAUAAGAUUGAAUUCAUUAAAUUUACAAUGUACAAUUUAAAAAAUAUACACACAUACCAUACACACUACUAUUUUACUUUAAAAUUUUGUUAAGAAAACAAAACUACUCAGGCUAUAGAAUUUUUUUGUCAUGUAUAUAUAUAAAAAAAUACUGAUGUGCCCGCUUAUAUAAAACGUAUAUAGGCAGGUUGUGAAUUCACUGCUUGAAACGUGCCUGGUCAGAAUCCAUAUUUCUGAUCAUAGUGACUUCAGUAAUAAUACCAUAUAAUGAACAUUUCAGCCUGCCCUCACUUGUUUUCAUGUUUAUUGCAAAUCUUAGGGAUUUUAUUGUAAGUACUUUUUUAAGUUUGAUAGCACAUUUUGUACCAAAAAUGUCAAACACUGUGCUGUAAGGAUAUCCAUGUUUGUAGAAAUGUCCACUUUUCAGAUAAUCUAAUGCCUACGUUUAUACUAACAGGAUCAUAUGGUAGUUGAUUUAUUUUUUUUAUUUAUUAUGUAUAUUUUUGGUAUUGUAGGUUCUUGAGGCAGUGAUAA